GCGACGUCGGACUCCCGGGGCCCUUGCUUACGCACUUCCUCCCGGGGUCGGGGCCGAGUCGGGGUGUGGUGGGUUCGAGUCCCACCUCCCGACUCGUCUCAACCCUUGAACCCGGGGCGGGGCUCAUUCGCCAGUUAACCUCUCCGCGGCGAGGGGCAGUGGCACACCUUGAGCUUCACCAUGGAGGACUAUCUGCAGGGUUGUCGAGUUGCUCUGCAGGAGUCCCGACCCAUACAUGUUGUGCUGGGAAAUGAAGCCUGUGACUUGGACUCCAUGGUGUCAGCUCUCGCCCUGGCUUUUUAUCUGGCAAAGACAACUGAGGCUGAAGAAGUCUUUGUGCCAGUUUUAAAUAUAAAACGUUCUGAGCUACCUCUACGAGGUGACAAUGUCUUCUUCCUUCAGAAGACUCACAUUCCAGAGUCCCUCUUGAUUUUCCGGGAUGAGAUUGACCUCCAUGCAUUGCAGCAGGCUGGCCAGCUCACCCUCAUCCUUGUUGACCAUCAUGUCUUACCCAAAAGUGACGCAGCCUUAGAGGAGGCAGUAGCAGAGGUGCUAGACCAUCGGCCCAUCGAUCAGAAACACUGCCCUCCCUGCCAUGUUUCAGUUGAGCUGGUGGGGUCCUGCGCUACCCUGGUGGCCGAGAGAAUCCUGCAGGGGGCACCAGAGAUCUUGGACUGGCAAACUGCAGCCCUUCUUCAUGGAACAAUCAUCCUGGACUGUGUGAACAUGGACCCUAAAAUUGGAAAGGCAACCCUAAAGGACAACCAAUAUGUGGAGAAUCUAGAGGCCCUCUUCCCAAAUCUGCCCAAGAGAAAUGAUAUCUUUGAUUCUCUGCAAAAGGCAAAGUUUGAUGUAUCAGGACUGACCACAGAGCAGAUGCUGAGAAAGGACCAGAAGACCGUCUCCAGACAAGGCACCAAGGUGGCCAUUAGUGCAAUAUAUAUGGAUUUGGAGGCCUUUCUGCAGAGGUCUGGCCUCAUUGCAGAUCUCCAUGCCUUCUGCCAGGCUCACAGCUAUGAUGCCCUGGUCGCCAUGACUAUCUUUUUCAACACUUGCAAUGAGCCAGUGCGGCAGUUGGCAGUUUUCUGUCCCCACACAGCACUCCGAGUGACGGUCUGUGGAGUCCUAGAACGCUCCCACUCUCCGUCCCUGAAGCUGACCCCUGCCCCAAGCAUCCACCCUAACCUCCAAGCGUAUCUUCAAGGCAACACCCAGGUCUCUCGAAAGAAACUUCUGCCUCUGCUCCAGGAAGCCCUGUCAGCAUAUUUUGACUCCACAAACAUCCCUUCAGGACAGCCUGAGACAGAGGGUGUGUCCAGGGAGCAGGUAGACAAGGAAUUGGACAGGGCAGGUAACUCCCUGAUUCCUGGACUGAGUCAAGAUGAGGAGGAGCCUCCACUGCCCCCCACACCCAUGAACAGCCUGGUGGAUGAGUGCCCUCUGGAUCAGGGGCUGCCGAAAUUCUCAGCCGAGGUCAUCUUUGAAAAAUGUAGUCAGAUCUCACUGUCAGAAUCUACCACUGCCUCCCGGUCCAAGAAAUGACUGUUGGGAGGGGAGGGGGAAGUGAAAGAGGUUGCUUGAACCACCCUGAAUGCAUGUUUUGAGAUGUUUCAGCAAUUUUGUCUUCAUUGUUCCAGGAUCUGGUAUACUGUUCUCAUAAACCUAGGAGGAGAAAGAAGUAAAAGAAAGCUGAGCUGGCAUUCUCCCUUUUCCCCACAAUCUCUACCAAUCAAACAAAUUUUAUUAUUUAAUUUAAUUCCUUAAAUCUGCACUGACUCUCCUCUAUUUCAUUUGCCAGGGUCAUGAUGUGAUAACAUACACAGUUCCAGCAGAGUGGCACAGAAAGACUGUGUACCCCAAAAGUGCCCUAAGUCAGGCUUUUUAACAGAACCAGUAUUUCUUAUGGAACCAAACAUUCAUUGUCUCCAGUGUUCAUUUAUUCUCUUAUUAAUUCAAGUAUUUAUUGAACACAGUACCUACUUUUAGCUUCUUCCAGUUUUUAGCCUUUAGUUGAUUUUCACCUCCAUGACUCCUCUUUCUGCCGCCAAUUAGGUGAUGGUGUCUCAUUCCCAGUUUGCUAAAUUUCUACUCUGAGCUUAUUGUGACUGUUUCGGGAUUGUUUGGGAGCAGAUUGGAGGCCAUUAUCUUCUGUCCUGAUCGGCUGGCCUGACUCUCAGUUUCUUUGGAUCCCUCUGACUCAGAGCCACAGGCACCCUGAAGAGACCCAGAAGACCCCCCCCCCCGGUUCUUGAGAGUUCAGGAGACACCUGGGAAAGCCUUAAGACCUCAUGGGCACUCUUCGCAAAAGACAGUAGAACUACAAUGAGACCCCUGGCUCUGUCGAUUUCUUAUCCAUCUGAUUUUCUCCUUGGGCAUAGUAGAAAGAAACACGAAGUUCAUACCGACUGCCAUCAACUGUGUGUCUUUUGUCCAGACACUCACUCCUCUAGAUCUCAUUUCCCCGUCUGCAAAACUGAUGUUCCCUGGUUUCUGUGAUCUGCCUGUUGCCACACCGUCCUUUCUUGCCUCGCUUCUCUGUUUUUUUGUUUGUUUCUUUUUCCCUGGGAAUGCUCAGGGUCACUGAAUUGUCUGUUUAUUUGUGAUUGUACCAAGGUACUCAGCCUCAUGUAGCAUGUACAGGGGUAUGAUUCAUACCAUAGUGACCCAGCAAAGAGCUCCCUUCCACUGACUUGUUCUGCAUGUGUAGAGUCUCCCUUUUCUCUUCAGACCAACCUGUUCCCCCUUUUCCUACCCCACAGCUCUGCUCCCUGUAAGUUUUCAACAGUUUCGCUGAACAGUGGGGUAUGUGAUGGUUUUGGCAUGAUGUCUUCAUAUGAGGGAAACUGACUUCACUUUGAGGGGAUGUUUGUAGCCAUUGGAAGGUAAAAUAGUGGCGUGAUUACUGAACCAAAGGAAUUUAUGUUUUGUAACUUGGGUACUUUUAUUUUGCAUUUUGUUAAAGUAUUAAAUACUUUUUUCCUGUU